AUGGCAUCAUCUCCUUCAACCAGUUUAUUGCCAAUUAAGGAGCAGAUAGUCCCUGAAAAUGAAGUUCAACAGAUUGGACUACCUGAUGCAGAUGAAGAUCAGUAUAGUGGAGUUACAGUGCAUAUGAAGGAACUCAUGGACUCUGAUGUCUAUGUUGCUCUGCUAAGAGUCUCGAUAUCCCAGUGGAGACAACAGGGGAAGAAGGGUAUUUGGAUCAAAUUGCCUAUUCAACUUGCCGAUCUCGUUGUACCUACGAUUAAGGAAGGAUUUAAGUAUCAUCAUGCAGAACCAGAUUACCUGAUGUUGGUCCAUUGGAUUCCUGAAACUCCUAAUACUCUUCCUGCAAAUGCUUCACACUAUGCUGGUAUUGGUGCCUUUGUCAUGAACAUUAACAGAGAGGUACUGGUCGUUAAGGAGAAACAUGGUGAAUUCGAACAAGAAGAUGUGUGGAAGUUACCUACAGGAGUUGUUAAUCAGUUUGUUGACAGUGAAAUUUUCCACCGACAGGGUGAGGAUAUUUGUGCUGGGGCAAUUCGAGAAGUGAGAGAAGAGACAGCCAUUCACACAGAAUUUGCAGAAAUCUUAGCAUUUCAGCAAUUCCACCAGCAAUUGCAUGGAAAGUCGAAUUUAUUUUUUGUUUGCAUGUUACGACCACUCUCCUUCAAAAUCAAGAAACAGGAUUCAGAGAUUGAGGCAGCCCAGUGGAUGCCAAUUGAGGAGUAUGUGAACCAACCUUACCACCAGAAACACAAGUCAUUCGAUUAUAUUGCCAAUAUAUGCUUAAAAAAGUCACAGAAUGACUACAGCGGAUUUUCAUCAGUGCCUACGUCAACAUCAUCCAGUACAAAGCCCAACUUGUACUUCAAUGGGCAAGAUUUCAAAAUUAUCUUGGUAAAUCUACUUCCUGGUGAAUACACAGAUUGGAAUCCAGUUCACAGAGUCAUCUUAAUCGACGUCCUCCCAUCAACGUUUCGUGCCUUUGUAAUCUCCAUCUUCUUUGCCUUUACUGGUGCAUUUAGCUCGUUGUUGACUCGUGGCCAGUUGCCUCGAGAUGUGUGA